CGGCCCGGGCGGCGGCGGUGGCGGCGGCGACGGUGGUGGUGCCCGAGUUCCCGGUAGGGCCCCGCCUCGGAGCGGGCGGCGGUGGAGGAGGAGACUGAGGAGCAGGAUGGCGGCCUCGGCCCUGUACGCCUGCACCAAGUGCACCCAGCGCUAUCCCUUCGAGGAGCUCUCCCAGGGCCAGCAGCUUUGCAAGGAAUGUCGGAUUGCGCAUCCCAUUGUAAAAUGUACUUACUGCAGAUCAGAAUUUCAACAAGAGAGCAAAACUAACACGAUUUGUAAGAAGUGUGCUCAAAAUGUGAAGCAAUUUGGCACUCCUAAGCCUUGUCAAUACUGUAACAUAAUUGCAGCAUUUAUUGGUACCAAGUGUCAGCGUUGCACAAAUUCAGAAAAAAAAUAUGGACCACCUCAGACUUGUGAACAGUGCAAACAACAAUGUGCUUUUGAUCGGAAGGAGGAAGGAAGAAGAAAGGUUGAUGGGAAGUUAUUAUGCUGGCUCUGUACUUUAUCGUACAAGAGAGUUUUACAGAAGACAAAAGAACAAAGGAAGAGCCUGGGAUCGUCACACUCAAAUUCAUCUUCUUCAUCUCUUACUGAGAAAGACCAGCAUCAUUCAAAACAUCAUCACCACCAUCAUCACCAUCACCAUCGUCACAGCAGUAGCCAUCACAAAAUCAGCAAUCUGAGUCCAGAACAAGAGCAGGGACUGUGGAAACAGAGCCAUAAAUCCUCUGCAGCAAUUCAGAAUGAAACUCCAAAGAAAAAGCCCAAAUUGGAAUCUAAGCCAUCUAAUGGAGAUAGUAGCUCUAUAAAUCAGUCAGCAGAUAGUGGGGGAACAGACAAUUUUGUCCUUAUAAGUCAACUGAAAGAAGAAGUGAUGUCACUUAAACGUCUCUUACAACAGAGAGACCAGACCAUUUUAGAAAAAGAUAAAAAGUUAACUGAACUUAAGGCAGACUUUCAGUACCAAGAGUCAAACUUGAGAACAAAGAUGAACAGUAUGGAAAAAGCUCACAAAGAAACUGUGGAACAACUCCAGGCCAAAAACAGAGAACUACUCAAACAGGUUGCAGCAUUGUCAAAGGGUAAAAAAUUUGACAAAAGUGGAAGCAUAUUAACAUCCCCUUGAGAAGUGGUUAUUCAUUAGUGUUUCUGCUGAAAAUGUAAAAUUUGAAAAAAAUUCUGUGAAGCCCUUAAAUUCUGUGUAGUGGAAAAAUAUUUUUGCACACCAAAUGGAUUGGCAUGUUUCCUAUUCACUUUUGUAAAGGAUAUACAGCAUUUUUUAAGUUGUAUAACAUUCAAAUAAAACUUCAGCUGGUUUGAAGCAACUUUUUAAUUAUUUGAUAUCCAGGAACUUUUUUGCCAGCAAUAGUAUUAAACAGUUGUAAGGGAGUGCAUGAGUAGUGCUCUUUAUAAAAUACAACAUGCAAUAAUAGAGUAGGUGUGGUUUUCAGAAGUCAGAGCAGCAGGGCUUUUUGUUUUGUUUUUUGUUUUACACUAUGCUAAUUUCAUAUAAACAGUUUUCAAUUUAGAAAUACAAAAACUUUUAAACAAGAAAAAUUGUGAACACUGUUUUUUUGGUAAUUGUGUUUUUACUUUUCAUGAACAUGACUUUAGGAGAGAAUCAUGGUGCUUUUAUUAAAUGGACUUCAGAGUAUAUGUAAAUAUGUUUUUUAAAGUUACAUCGUUACCAUUAGUUAGUAAACUAGUAUUUUCAUUAUUGGUAUAGGAAUUAAUGUUUAUUGUACAGUAUCCAAGGUAAAUGUGUGUGUUUUGUAAAAACUACUGUAGAUUUUUACUUACAAGUGCCUUUUUGCCACCUAAUGUUUUUAUUUAUAGGAAUGCUGAUCUUUUGUACAUACAGUUUGUUUUAAAAUCAUGUUUAAUAAAUGUUUGUAUAUAAAUGCAUAUGUACAGAAGCCUAUUUCAAAAGGAAAUCAAAGUUGCUAGUAAAAUGUUUGAGGUUGCAUUAAGAACUGUUAAUGCAUCUAGACUUUAGAUGAUUUUGUGGUUUGUUUCUGUGUGAUAUGGGAAGCUGUUGGUCAUUUAAUUCAUUGAAUUAUGUCAAAAUACUUCCCAAAAGAUUUAAUUUUAAAUCACUUCUGAUAGAAUAAUUUUAUUUUUAUGUCAU